AUGUUGCUUGACCUCCCAGAUGAGACUCUUUGCCUCAUUGCAGGAGAACUGGGUCCCCAGCGUGAUCGAUAUUCCUUAGUUCGAUCAUGUCGUCGACUGUACACAGUUCUGCUACCAACUCUCUACUCCCGGGUUGUUCUUUGUGAUGUUAGGAACCAUACAAUUUGGCAAGUCAGUCGAUUUUUCAAUACAAUCGCCCGAGAGCCACAAUUGGCGAACGCCGUGCGAGCUUUACGCUUGGAGAGUUGGGACACUGAGGAUGACAUCGCGUACAUCGACUGUGAAUUUGUAUAUGAUAGGCAACUCAUAGAUGGAGUUGUCGCUGGUACUUGUUGGUCCACACAGCCCUAUGAUGAACUGCGACGCGGAAACACCGAUGCUUGGUUAGCUUUGCUCCUCCCCCAGCUGAAAGGCCUAAGACAAAUCAGCAUAUGCUACCCGUAUGGGUCAGAAUACGUUGAGGAUAUGUUCGUGAAGGCUGCCAAAGAGGAUGACACAGCAUUUCGUCGCCUCGCCGAUGCUUUUGCGGAAUCGUCUGACACGGAAAAUUCUAUCCAUGCAAGCUGCAUGGAACCAUUCUUCAAAUUCCCAGCAAUGCGCAGGAUUGGAGGAUCCGCUAUGGUCGACUGCGAUCGUGAGGAUGGAGAACCCCGCAUUACACCCUUCUCGGGGGUCACAGAUAUUGAUCUCGAUAUGACCAACACUGAGUGUGGAUUUGGUGUCUGGAUUGAAUCUUGCAAAGCUCUCAAAACAUUCCGCUUAAACAUUGGCGGGUCAAUGGUCUCAGAUGGACCCGAUAUUGUAUCAGCUCCCCUUCGAGGAUCUAUAUCCCUUCACAAAUCAACACUGGAGGCGUUCUGGAUCUGUGGCGAAUCAUACCAGAAUCCAGAAGACGAUGAUGGAUGGAUGGGAUCGUUUGCCGAUUUCAGUAUGAUGAAAUAUCUACAUAUUUCUAUAUCAAUGCUUGCCGGGCUUGACGAAAACUUUGAGCCCACGCAAGACCUCGUGGCACUUUUGCCACCGUCCCUUAAGACUUUGUUUCUGUGUCACUGCCCCCACGAGCUGCUCGAUUGGGCCGUUGAUCAACUCGAACGCUUGGUGAAUUCAAAUUGUCUGCCACGUCUUACUUCCUUGGGGCUUGAAGGUUGGGGACCUUCAGAGGUCGAGGAGAGUUCCUUGGGGACUAUGUGCAGACUGGAGGAGUUGGACGAAAGAUGUUCAGAGGCUGGUCUAUACUUUGCUACAUCUAUUGGAAGUCACAGAACGGUCCCGAGUCGUUUUGUAUCGCUUUGGCCUUGUGACUAA